GGAUCGGUCGUAAGCCUUGAAUCCAUUUUGGAUGCAUUGGCAACCUGUCGUCUGCAUUUGCUGCUUGUUACCGUUGAAAAGAUUCAAAUUCGAAUGGAAGCCAUAACCACACGUUGACGAAAAAUUUUCGAUUAACAAAAGAAUCUCUUCAAAAUGGCUGCAGAUCUAAAAGGUCCUGAUAUCGAGGACUUUUGUGUGCUGAAGCCCAUUAGUCGUGGAGCAUUCGGGAAAGUUUUUUUGGGCUGUAAAAAGCAAAAUCCUGACAGCAUCUAUGCCAUAAAGGUCCUGAAUAAGUCUGACAUUGUUCAUCGUAACAUGGCUUCACAAGUUAUAAGAGAAAGAAAUGCAUUGGCCAUCUCAAAAAGUCCUUUCUGUGUUCAACUGUUUUAUUGCCUUCAAAAUUCUUCCAACAUCUACAUGGUCAUGGAAUACAUGAUUGGUGGUGAUCUAAAGUCCUUGCUCAGUGAAAUGGGUUACUUUGAUGAAAAGAUGGCCACAUUUUACACAACAGAGGUUGCUUUAGCCUUGGAAUAUUUACACAAGCAUGGCAUCAUUCAUCGUGAUGUUAAACCAGACAACAUGCUUCUCUCAGAUAAAGGGCAUGUCAAAUUGACUGACUUCGGUUUAAGUCGCGUUCAUAUUGGAAGAGAUUUGAACAUAUCUGAUCUGCUUUCGCCUGUGGUAAACAAAAAUGAUUACCAUAUGGUGAGGACUCCUGGACAGCUUCUCUCGUUGACGUCUCACUUGUCCUUCAAGAGCGGUAUGUCUCCGUGCUCCGAUCGGGGACAGUCACCUGUCUUCAACACACCGGAAAUCAUGAGGGAUCAUCAGGCGUUUAAAGAGAAUUCUUUCUCUCUUGAUUUGAAUUGCGAUUUUCCUGUCGGCACAAGUCCGAACAGGAAUGAUGACUCGUUUACGUCUUUGAAACGGAAACACGACGCUGAAUCAGAAGAACCGGAUAGUCACGUUCAAUUCAAAGUGCCAAGAACCGGUUUGACAGACAUUUUCCGUUUUGCCAAUUUAAACGAAGACUGUGACCUCAACAGGGCGAGUUCGUCGGCGAUUGCCAAAUCGAAAAUCUGCAGUCCGCCCAGCUUGAGGAUUAAUUCGACCCCCAUUAAUCAUAGAGGUCGGGCUCCAUUAUUGCAAACAAGUACCUGUCCGGUGCCAUGUCGUAGUCCAGUACCUGGUCUCGACACUCGGUUGGAUUUUGUUAAGACGCCAUUUAGGACACCACGUCAGAUAAAGCGUGGCAAAAGGAGACGUGGAACCGUAGUGACGUUCAGUAGCCCAACCGUCUGUGAUGCUGAUGUGAGCCAAUAUGGCAGCCAAAAUGAAGGUUGCGUGUUGGGCACACCCGACUACUUGGCACCCGAACUCUUGUUGAAGAAACCGCACGGACCAGCCGUUGAUUGGUGGUCACUGGGUAUCUGCUUUUACGAGUUCCUUUUGGGCGGGCCUCCAUUCAACGACGAAACCCCAGAUAAAAUUUUCAAAAAUAUCCUGGCACGUAAUAUCGAAUGGCCGCCCGAGGAUGACGAUUGCCUCAGCCCCGCUGCACGUCAAGCCAUUGAGGUGCUCUUAACGUUGGAACCUGGCGAGCGAGCCGAUGGAUCCCACCUGCGGACUCUACCGCUGUUUGACCACCUGUCUUGGACGCAAGAAAUUCUCAAUGUGGAUGCCCCGUUUUUGCCGCAGCCUAAGGAUCACACGGACACAACAUAUUUUCAGGCACGUAACAGCCUGCAAAAUCUACGCGUUUCACAGACCGAUUUUUGAUUCGAAAAGCUAAACGGUUCUCUGAAACAGCUAUACUUUUACACACGAAAAAAGGAAAGGAAAAACAAAAAUUCUUUAGCUUUCAUUUUUUUACUUUAACCCCUUAACCCGGCAGUCAUCUCGUCGUAUCCAUGGAAUAACUAUAUGUGCACGAAAAAAAAACAAAGACAAAAAAAAAAGAUUACCAAACAUAA